AUGGCUCCGAAUUGCCUGACCGGCGCUUGCCUCUGCAAGAACAUAGUAUACCGCAUUAUGUUGCCCACGGAAUCAUUCCCUAAGGUGAUCAUCUGCCAUUGCACCAACUGCAAACGCUAUACGGGCUCUAGCUUUUCCGCCAACAUCAUCGUGCCCAAAUCCAGUCUAGAGUACACCAAGGGGUCACCCAAGAUGUACUUGGACCGUGGCGACAGAGGUGGACAAGUAAUGCGCGAGUUCUGUCCUGAUUGCGGUACGCCAUUCACAUCAUCAAGCGAUGAUCAGGAAGUUGCUGUGAAGUCGGGAACGCUCGAUGAAGAACACCGACUUAAUUGUGCGGAAUUGGCAGCGGAAAUAUACUAUCAUCGGAAGGAUAAGUGGGUGGAUGAUAUGGGGAAUGAGGAUGUUCAGAGGAUCAAUGGUAGCAUGGUAUAUUGGACCCGAUGCGGAACUCAGCUGUCGGAUGUUAACACAACCAAGUUUGACUGGGAUGACGAAGCAGAGAAAGAGUAUUGUGAUGAGAGAAAACUUGCCAACAAGCUUGGCCCUUGGUAUGUCAUGCACAAGAAAAAGCCCCCCAAGGCUUUCUUGUUCCACGAGAUCUGCUGGUCCCUCCUGAUCCAACACUUCGAAGGGGAGGAGGUUGAUUUGGACAGGCUUUUCGAAGUCUGUAAGGACAUUCCUCCUUCGGGAAGACCAGAUCUUACGUUGGGAAAUGGUAUCUAUCUCUCGGUGGUUAACCGAUUUUACCCUUCAAAGCGACCCAUUAUCAAGGGGCUUCGAGAUGCCUCGAAACAAUUUCCGAAGAUCCCUAAAGCAAACCCUUCUAGUUCUAAAAGCAGUGUUGUGUUUCACUCUGACUGCUUUGAUAUCCUCCCGGUCGAGAUACGGGUCCAAAUCGCAAGUUACCUUCCUACUGUUGACUUCCUAAGUCUACGACAGUCAUCCCGGGCAAUGGUAGUUGUCUUCGAGGUUCUCAGUGAAUGGAGACCGUGGGUUUCUGAACUGCCUAGUAGAGGAUCCCAGAAGCUAUGA